ACAGCUGCAAAUUAUUGUUGUUCAAUGCUGCCCAGAGGGCACUGCCUCCCCUUUUGUGCGAUCAAGCGCGAAACAAGCACGCACAAGUAAGUCAACUGAUGAUAAGUAGUAGUCUAACCGUCCAGCAACAGGUAGGGACAUUUCUUCCGUAAUUUAACAUGUGUCGGAUACUUGCUCCACCAAUGUAAGCUAUUAUAAUAGGAUUUCGGAAAGCUGCGGUCAGUGAGACAUAUCCGACAAGGCAGCGGCUUUAGUACGAUUUUUGUUUUUCUUCUUUCGCGCACCGCAUGCAGGCUCUGUUUUGUCCCACUUCAUUUAUCCACCAAGUCCGCAAUACGCGGAGACUAAAGCGUGUGUCCGUCCCAUUGAUGAGAAAACAAACAUCAUGUCAUCUCCAGACAAGACAACCCAAAGGAAUGAAGUCCUGAAUAACAUACGGAGGUCCUCGAUGGUGGCGGGACAUGGGAGAAAACAGACGGAGUUUGAGAUGUCACAAGCCGCGUCAGCCUCACAACCUGGAGCGCUUAUUUCUAACAACAGGUUUCCGUGUGACGCCGAGGGCAUCACCAUUCACACAACUGUCACUCGACCGUCGGUGUCUCACCUACCCGGGCUCAAUCUGAACCCCCGGAUGUCCGUAUACAGCACAACUCGUCAAGUUAUCGUCAGCCGUGCUUACAUUCAAGGACGCGCUUAUAACUUUCUGGAAAGACCAUCUGGGUGGAAAUGCUUCGUGUAUCACUUCUCGGUGUUCCUCAUCGUGCUCGCCUGUCUAAUCCUCAGUGUGCUCUCUACUAUAGGGCAGUACCAGGCUCUGGCACAUGGUACUCUCUUCUGGGUGGUGACCGUCACAACUAUAGGCUAUGGAGACAAGGUGCCUCAGACGUGGAUCGGUAAAACCAUUGCAUCGUGUUUCUCAGUCUUUGCCAUCUCCUUCUUCGCCCUACCAGCUGGGAUCCUGGGUUCAGGCUUUGCACUGAAGGUUCAACAGAAACAGAGACAGAAGCACUUCAACAGACAGAUCCCUGCAGCUGCCAUUCUCAUCCAGACUUCGUGGAGGGUCUUUGCUGUGGAGAACCCUGACUCGGCCACCUUCAAGAUGUUUGUGAGGAGGAGACCUGCUCUGCUCAGCUCCUCUGUAUCCAGUCCCAAGCCCAAGAAAACGGUGAAGCUGAGGAGGAAGUUGAAGAGCAGUGAGAAGGACGACGGGCCUGGUUCUCCCACUGUUCCCAGUAUCUCCUACGACUCAGUGUUCAAUAGUGGGAGGGAGCUCAGCUCUGAUGUCUACAGCACUGUGUGUACAGCUGAAGCACUAGGAUGUGAUACCCAGCAGUCCUGGACCUCUCUUUCCUCCCUUACGUUCAGCUCUCCACUCCCAGUGAAAAAGACCCCUGGUUUGUUGGAGGUGCAGCACCCUCGUCCCCUCCAGAGGAACAGCAGCUUUGGGGACGAUCUGGACCAGGAGGACCAGUGUGUUCUGACCCCAGUCACCCACGUGUCACAGCUGCAGGGGAGUCACAGAGCAGCUAUCCACGUGAUCCUACGGAUGCGCUACUUUGUCGCUAAGAAGAGAUUCCAGCAAGCACGUAAACCCUAUGAUGUGCGAGACGUGAUCGAGCAGUAUUCCCAAGGACACCUGAAUCUCAUGGUGCGCAUCAAGGAGCUACAGAGGAGACUGGACCAGUCUCUAGGGAAGCUGACCCUGUUCCAGACUAGCUCAGACAAAGCCAAAGACAAAGGCACCAACACCAUCGGCUCCAGGCUCAACAGGAUGGAGGACAAGAUACAACACAUGGACCAGACACUCAACCAAAUCGCAGAGUCCCUUACCCAGCUGUUGUCUGGGACAAGCCAGGGGCAGGGGGACAUGGGGGGAGCACAGGGGCAAGGUAGGAGGAGGUCACAGGGUGUGGCAGGUGUCCCCAGCCAGGAUAGCCUACCCAGCUACGAGCAACUUUCCACCACGACCCUCCAUCCACCCCUCAACCUCAGCCUCAGCCAAGACAAGAGCUCCUGAAUCGACCCUCCAUCCACCCCUCAACCCCAGCCUCAGCCAGGACAAGAGCUCCUGAAUCAACCAUCCAUCCACCCCUCAACCCCAGCCUCAGCCAGGACAAGAGCUCCUGAAUCAACCAUCCAUCCACCCCUCAACCCCAGCCAGGACAAGAGCUCCUGAAUCGACCCUCUCCACACCUCAACCCCAGCCUCGCCCAGGACAAGAGCUCCUGAAUCGACCACCACUUCCACCCCUCAACCCCAGCUUCGGCCAGGACAAGAGUUCCUGAAUCGACCCUCCCUCCCUCCCUCCAUCCACCACUCAACCCCAGCCUCAGACAGGACAAGAGCUCCUGAAUCUACCAUCCAUCCACCCCUCAACCCCAGCCUCGGCCAGGACAAGAGCUCCUGAAUCGACCCUCCAUCCACCCCUCAACCCCAGCCAGGACAAGAGCUCCUGAAUCAACCAUCCAUCCACCCCUCAACCCCAGCCUCGGCCAGGACAAGAGCACCUGAAUCGACCCUCCAUCCACCCCAUAACCCCAGCCUCGGCCAGGACAAGAGCUCCUGAAUCGACCCUCCAUCCAGCCCUCAACCCCAGCAUUGGCCAGGACAAGAGCUCCUGAAUCGACCCUCCAUACACCCCUCAACCCCAGCAUCGGCCAGGACAAGAGCUCCUGAAUCGACCCUCCAGCCACCUUCAACACCAGCCUCGGCCAGGACAACAGCUCCUGAAUCGACCCUCCAUCCACCCCUCAACCCCAGCCUCAGACAGGACAAGAGCUCCUGAAUCAACCAUCCAUCCACCCCUCAACCCCAGCCUCGGCCAGGACAACAGCUCCUGAAUCGACCAUCCAUCCACCCUCAACACCAGCCUCAGCUAGGACAAGAGCUCCUGAAUCGACCCUCCAUCCACCCCUCAACCCCAGCCUCAGCAAGGACAAGAGCUCCUGAAUCAACCAUCCAUCCACCCCUCAACCCCAGCCUCAGCCGGGACAAGAGCUCCUGAAUCGACCCGCCAUCCACCCCUCAACCACAGCCUCAGCCAAGAUAAGAGCUCCUGAAUCGACCCUUCAUCCACCCCUCAACCCCAGCCAGGACAAGAGCUCCUGAAUCGACCCUCCAUCCACCCCUCAACCCCAGCCUUAGCCAGGACAAGAGCUCCUGAAUCAACCAUCCAUCCAUCCACCCCUCAACCCCAGCCUCGGCCAGGACCAGAGCUCCUGAAUCGACCAUCCAUCCACCCCUCAUCCCCAACCUCAGCCAGGACAAGAGCUCCUGAAUCGACCCUCGCUCCCUCCAUCCACCCCUCAACCCCAGCCUCAGCCAGGAUAAGAGCUCCUGAAUCGACCCUCCAUCCACCCUCAACCCCAGCCUCGGCCAGGACAAGAGCCCCUGAAUCGACCCUCCACCCUCAACCCCAGCCUCAGCCAGGACAAGAGCUCCUGAAUCAACCCUCCAUCCACCCCACAACCCCAGCCUCGGCCAGGACAAGAGCUCCUGAAUCGACCCUCCAUCCAGCCCUCAACCCCAGCCUCGGCCAGGACAAGAGCACCUGAAUCGACCCUCCAUCCACCCCACAACCCCAGCCUUGGACAGGACAAUAGCUCCUGAAUCGACCCUCCAUCCACCCCUCAACCCCAGCAUCGGCCAGGACAAGAGCUCCUGAAUCGACCAUCCAUCCCAUCCACCCUCAACACCAGCCUCAGCUAGGACAAGAGCUCCUGAAUCGACCCUCCAUCCACCCCUCAACCCCAGCCUCAGCCAGGACAAGAGCUCCUGAAUCAACCAUCCAUCCACCCCUCAACCCCAGCCGGGACAAGAGCUCCUGAAUCGACCCUCCAUCCACCCCUCAACCACAGCCUCAGCCAAGACAAGAGCUCCUGAAUCGACCCUCAAUCCACCCCUCAACCCCAGCCUCAUCCAAGAUAAGAGCUCCUGAAUCGACCCUUCAUCCACCCCUCAACCCCAGCCUCAGCCAGGACAAGAGCUCCUGAAUCGACCCUCCAUCCACCCCUCAACCCCAGCCUUAGCCAGGACAAGAGCUCCUGAAUCAACCAUCCAUCCAUCCACCCCUCAACCCCAGCCUCAUCCAAGAUAAUUAGCUCCUGAAUCGACCCUUCAUCCACCCCUCAACCCCAGCCUCAGCCAGGACAAGAGCUCCUGAAUCGACCCUCCAUCCACCCCUCAACCCCAGCCUUAGCCAGGACAAGAGCUCCUGAAUCAACCAUCCAUCCAUCCACCCCUCAACCCCAGCCUCAGCCAGGACAAGAGCUCCUGAAUCGACCCUCCCUCCCUCCAUCCACCCCUCAACCCCAGCCUCAGCCAGGAUAAGAGCUCCUGAAUCGACCCUCCAUCCACCCUCAACCCCAGCCUCGGCCAGGACAAGAGCCCCUGAAUCGACCCUCCACCCUCAACCCCAGCCUCAGCCAGGACAAGAGCUCCUGAAUCGACCAUCCAUCCACCCUCAACACCAGCCUCGGCCAGGACAAGAGUUCCUGAAUCGACCCUCCAUCCACCCCUCAACCCCAGCCUCAGACAGGACAAGAGCUCCUGAAUCAACCAUCCAUCCAGCCCUCAACCCCAGCAUUGGCCAGGACAAGAGCUCCUGAAUCGACCCUCCAUACACCCCUCAACCCCAGCAUCGACCAGGACAAGAGCUCCUGAAUCGACCCUCCAGCCACCUUCAACACCAGCCUCGGCCAGGACAACAGCUCCUGAAUCGACCCUCCAUCCACCCCUCAACCCCAGCCUCAGACAGGACAAGAGCUCCUGAAUCAACCAUCCAUCCACCCCUCAACCCCAGCCUCGGCCAGGACAACAGCUCCUGAAUCGACCAUCCAUCCACCCUCAACACCAGCCUCAGCUAGGACAAGAGCUCCUGAAUCGACCCUCCAUCCACCCCUCAACCCCAGCCUCAGCCAGGACAAGAGCUCCUGAAUCAACCAUCCAUCCACCCCUCAACCCCAGCCUCAGCCGGGACAAGAGCUCCUGAAUCGACCCUCCAUCCACCCCUCAACCACAGCCUCAGCCAAGAUAAGAGCUCCUGAAUCGACCCUUCAUCCACCCCUCAACCCCAGCCAGGACAAGAGCUCCUGAAUCGACCCUCCAUCCACCCCUCAACCCCAGCCUUAGCCAGGACAAGAGCUCCUGAAUCAACCAUCCAUCCAUCCACCCCUCAACCCCAGCCUCGGCCAGGACCAGAGCUCCUGAAUCGACCAUCCAUCCACCCCUCAUCCCCAACCUCAGCCAGGACAAGAGCUCCUGAAUCGACCCUCGCUCCCUCCAUCCACCCCUCAACCCCAGCCUCAGCCAGGAUAAGAGCUCCUGAAUCGACCCUCCAUCCACCCUCAACCCCAGCCUCGGCCAGGACAAGAGCCCCUGAAUCGACCCUCCACCCUCAACCCCAGCCUCAGCCAGGACAAGAGCUCCUGAAUCAACCCUCCAUCCACCCCACAACCCCAGCCUCGGCCAGGACAAGAGCUCCUGAAUCGACCCUCCAUCCAGCCCUCAACCCCAGCCUCGGCCAGGACAAGAGCACCUGAAUCGACCCUCCAUCCACCCCACAACCCCAGCCUUGGACAGGACAAUAGCUCCUGAAUCGACCCUCCAUCCACCCCUCAACCCCAGCAUCGGCCAGGACAAGAGCUCCUGAAUCGACCAUCCAUCCCAUCCACCCUCAACACCAGCCUCAGCUAGGACAAGAGCUCCUGAAUAGACCCUCCAUCCACCCCUCAACCCCAGCCUCAGCCAGGACAAGAGCUCCUGAAUCAACCAUCCAUCCACCCCUCAACCCCAGCCGGGACAAGAGCUCCUGAAUCGACCCUCCAUCCACCCCUCAACCACAGCCUCAGCCAAGACAAGAGCUCCUGAAUCGACCCUCAAUCCACCCCUCAACCCCAGCCUCAUCCAAGAUAAGAGCUCCUGAAUCGACCCUUCAUCCACCCCUCAACCCCAGCCUCAGCCAGGACAAGAGCUCCUGAAUCGACCCUCCAUCCACCCCUCAACCCCAGCCUUAGCCAGGACAAGAGCUCCUGAAUCAACCAUCCAUCCAUCCACCCCUCAACCCCAGCCUCAUCCAAGAUAAGAGCUCCUGAAUCGACCCUUCAUCCACCCCUCAACCCCAGCCUCAGCCAGGACAAGAGCUCCUGAAUCGACCCUCCAUCCACCCCUCAACCCCAGCCUUAGCCAGGACAAGAGCUCCUGAAUCAACCAUCCAUCCAUCCACCCCUCAACCCCAGCCUCAGCCAGGACAAGAGCUCCUGAAUCGACCCUCCCUCCCUCCAUCCACCCCUCAACCCCAGCCUCAGCCAGGAUAAGAGCUCCUGAAUCGACCCUCCAUCCACCCUCAACCCCAGCCUCGGCCAGGACAAGAGCCCCUAAAUCGACCCUCCACCCUCAACCCCAGCCUCAGCCAGGACAAGAGCUCCUGAAUCGACCAUCCAUCCACCCUCAACACCA